AGCCGUGCCUUGGACGGGGAAACGGCGUAUUAAAGAGCACACCUUCUUCACCCUGUCUCCCCCUCUCUCUCUCAUCAAUCAUCCAUGGAGGUGAUCUGAUGGAUCUCGUCGGCGUCGCUCACUGCCAUUGCUAAUUACUCUUUUCUACUCUCUCCCUCUCCGUACCAUUUCCAUCUCCAUCUCCGAAGCUCACCGGAACGCUCUCUCUUCUCGCGCGGGUGGUUUGGGGCAAUGGCGAUUGCAGCGGCAGCUGUCAUCGUCCCUCUCGGCCUUCUCUUCUUCGGCUCCGGCCUCAUCGUGAAUCUUGUUCAGGCAGUUUGCUUUGUCCUUAUUAGGCCGCUGUCAAAAAGCACCUAUAGAAGAAUAAACAGAGUGGUGGCAGAAUUGCUGUGGCUGGAGCUAGUAUGGCUAAUUGAUUGGUGGGCUGGUGUGAAGAUCAAGUUAUUCACAGACCGCGAAACCUUUCACCUAAUGGGAAAAGAACAUUCCCUUAUCAUAUGUAAUCACAGGAGUGAUAUAGACUGGCUGGUUGGAUGGGUUUUGGCUCAGCGUUCAGGUUGUCUUGGCAGCACAUUAGCUGUGAUGAAGAAAUCAUCAAAAUUUCUUCCGGUAAUAGGCUGGUCAAUGUGGUUUUCUGAGUAUCUAUUUCUUGAAAGAAGCUGGGCCAAGGAUGAAAGCACACUAAAGUUAGGUCUGCAGAGGCUGAAAGACUAUCCCCUACCCUUCUGGUUGGCGCUUUUUGUAGAAGGAACUCGUUUUACUCAGGCAAAACUCUUGGCUGCUCAGGAGUAUGCUGCCUCCACUGGGCUUCCUGUGCCUAGAAAUGUUUUGAUUCCUCGUACUAAGGGCUUUGUAUCUGCAGUGAGUCACAUGCGCUCAUUUGUUCCAGCCAUUUAUGAUGCCACAAUUGCUAUCCCCAAGAGUUCACCUGCACCAACAAUGCUGAGACUGUUCAAGGGCCAACCCUCAGUGCUUCACUUGCAUCUCAAGCGGCAUGCAAUGAAGGACUUGCCUGAAUCAGAUGAUGCUGUCGCUCAGUGGUGUAGAGAUAUAUUUGUGGAAAAGGAUGCAUUGUUGGAUAAGCAUAAUGCUGAGGACACGUUCAGUGGCCAAGAACUGCAAGAUAUGGGCCGCCCUCUAAAAUCUAUUGUGGUUGUAACCUCAUGGGCAGUCGUCGUCAUUCUGGGGGCUCUGAAGUUCCUUCAGUGGUCAUCACUCUUUUCGUCAUGGAAGGGGAUAGCAUUUUCAGGAAUCGGGCUGGCCAUCGUCACUCUUCUUAUGCACAUAUUGAUUCUAUUCUCGCAAGCUGAGCGGUCGACCCCUGCAAAGGUAGCACCAGCCAAGUCGAAGAAUGAGGGGGAGUCUUCAAAGAAGGAAACGAACAAGGAAAACUAGAUGAGAGGAUCUCCACGAGAUUUUAGGUUCGAUUCAUGCCAAUACUUGUAGUAGUGCCUCCUCUAUGGUAUUUAUGUGAUCUAAAAACUCAAGUUAGUUCCCCCCCCCCCCCCCCCCCCCCCCCCCCCCCGCCCCCCCCCUUUUUCUUAUCUUUUUUCCUCUAAUUUUGUAAAAUGCACAGUUUGUAUGCUUGCAAAUCUAUUGUUCACUCUUCAAUUGGGAAAUAUGAAAAAGGCAGAAACAGCAUCCCUUCAUUUACAAUGCUA